GUCUCGUUCUCGCUUCUCCUAAUUUGGUCCCUUCUGGAUUUCCGUAGUUGUGUCAUGGGGCGAGCGAAGUAACACAACAUUAGCACUGCUUUUUUUAAACAUUUUUAUGGUCAAAGCGGUUCACGACAUGACGUCAGGAGCCGAGUACCGCUCCAUCUUCCACCUGUGCCCCAACGAUGAGGCUCUGAACGGCCUGAGGGAGGUCAAGUCCUUCCUGAGGCCGGCUGUAAACACCGACCCUGCACCACACCCAGAGUCGGAUGAGCAAUCCCCAGAGGAUGACAGGCGUCGGGAGUCCAGCCUGGUCAGAGAGGUCUCCGACAAGAUGCUCUGCACCGCCUGCAAAAGCUCUUUUGUUAGUCGUGAGGAACAGACGGAGCACUACAAGCUGGACUGGCAUCGUUUCAACCUGAGACUAAAGAUUUCGGGAAUGCCGCCGGUCACAGCUGAGGAGUUUGAAAGGAAGACCGGAGCUGGAGACAUGUCCAGUAUCUCGGGCUCUGAGUCGGAUUCGGAGGAAGACGACUCGGACAGUGAGAGCGGGGGAACAAGCAGCAACGUCCCCGGCACUGACCGCGAGAGCUCAGCCGAGCGCAGUUUCCUCACCGGGCGGCAUUGCAACAAAGUGGUUUUUCAGAACUCAGCCGAACAAUUUCUGUCGGUGUACCGCUGCAUCCUUCGGGGACAGCCGGAUGAUGAGCAAGAAGCAGCAUCGUCCCUGAGAGCCAUAAGUCAGCAGACGGUGUGGGUCAUUCUCAUGACAGGUGGAGGCCACUUUGCUGGCGCUGUAUUCCAAGGAAAAGAAGUCCUUCAGCACAAGACCUUCCAUCGAUACACCGUGCGAGCGAAGCGGGGCACCGCUCAAGGACUCCGAGACUCUCAGAACCGCGGCCACGCGCCCAAGUCCGCUGGAGCUGCUCUGAGGCGAUACAACGAGGGAGCGCUAGUGAAGGACAUUCAGGAUCUUCUGGCCAGCUGGGCUGAACACUUGAAGGAAGCCUCGGCCAUAUUUGUACGAGCCCCGAGCUACAAUAGAAGCAUAUUUUUCGGCGGUCGCGCAGCUCCGUUUGAAAAAAAAGACGGGAGGAUCCACGCCAUCCCCUUUCCCACGCGCAGGGCGACCUUUCGGGAGGCACGGCGGGUACACGAGGUGCUUUCCACCGUCCACGUAUACGGGAAAGACACGGACAUGUCUGCGGUCUUCGCUCCAUCCAAGAAGGCCUGGAAGAAAUCUGUCAAACCCACGACACCAAUAGAUACAGAUCAAGACAAAGCAGAUAAAGAUCCCAAAAGCUCUGGUGAAGAAGAAGUCAGAGACAUCCAGCUGGAGAUGGUGGAGCUGACAAUUGGAACGCUCAACCUCAGGGAGUUUGAAAUCUAUCCCCCCAGGCACAGGAAGAGGAGGAGGAGAAAGAAGAAGAAGGAGGAGGAGGAGGAGGAAUCCGAACUGCAAACCGACGAAUUGAGUCAAACGGGAGCAGGCGACGAUGAAGAAGAAGUGCUCGAGGCUACAACAGAAGAAGAAGCCCCUGAAGAGACCCAAUCCAAGCACAAGAGGAAGAAGAAAGCCCCGAGCAAGAAGCAACCAGAAGUGCCUCUAGAAGCUGUCGGCGAGUCGCUCGAGUACGGCCUGAGGGACAAAGUGUUCACGGCCUGCAAGGUCGGGGACGUGGACGCUCUGCGCGGCCUCCUUCGGGCGCCCGGAGGAGCGCCGCAGAGUCCCGAGCGGGCGGAGAGCGCCGAGUCCUCUGCCGCCCCGAGUCCUCUGCCGCUCCUCAACAAGCCCAUCGACUCGUCGGGCUUCACCUUGCUGCACGUUGCCUCGGCUGCUGCACAAAAGGUUGUGGUCAGGCUGCUCCUGGACGAAGGGGCAGACCCAGCUUGCAGGGACGACAAAGGGCAGACGCCGUAUGUAGUCUGCCCCGACAAAGAGACGAGGAAUGUCUUCCGUAAAUACAUGGCGGAGAAUCCUGACAAAUAUGACUACAUCAAGGCACAGGUCCCUGGGCCCCUGACGGCAGAGAUUGAAUCCAAAAAGAUGGAGAAGAAAAAGGCCCAAAAAGCUUUGAAAAGACAGCGUGAAAAAGAGCAGAAAGAGGAAAAGAGGAAACGAGAGUUGGAGGAAGAGGAAAAGAAGAAGUUUGCAUCUCUGACUGAUCGUGAAAAAAGAGCUCUGGCUGCAGAGAGGAGGUUAGCAGAGCAAGUAGCUAAUGUCAAGAGGUGCUGGAUGUGUGGAGAGUCCUUGCUCGGGAAGAUCCCCUUUCAGUACCUGGAGUAUUCCUUCUGCACCCCUCGCUGUGUCCAAGCGCAUCGAAAAGCCCACGUUCCCCCAGGUCUGACCUGACACCCAACAAUAAGACUUUGACAAAAUGGACAAAGGGAAAUGCAAAGGAGAAGAAAAAGGAAACAGGAGGCAAGGUUUUGUCUUCACCUUUUAGAUUAUGAUUUCCUUUGAUAACAACUAGGAAUAAUGAAAGAAAAUCCUCUUGUGGAUUGAAGGAAGCUACCUCAUUUAUAACUGAAAUUGGGGAGCCUUUAUGAAGUCUUAAUAUGGAUGUAUGUCUUGCCAAUGUGCUGGUUUCAAUUCAACUCAAAACAAGGAUUUAAAAUUGU